UAAAACACAUGGGGAAUUGCAUAGUUCCACAGGCAAAGGCAAAGGCAAUCCUGGAAUAUAAACCUCCAAUCAAAGUCUUAUCAGAAUUCAAAAGCCAUGCAGCCAUCUCUGAUUCACCUGCAAAAAAGAAGAAAGUCAAGUUUGCAGAUCAGGUAGAAGAAGAAGAAGUAGUGGGUCAACAGGUGAUGAGGAUUAAGCUAGUCAUCAGCAAGCAAGAGCUGAAAUCAAUGCUGAGUGGAGAAGGAAUAUCUCUUAGUGACAUUAUUGUGUGUCAUCUUAAGAAUGAAGGAAAGUGGACUGAUCAGAUCAAUAGAAAUGAUAAUGUUGAUGAUGAUGAUGAUGAAGUUUUCUCUAAGGGGUGGAAGCCAAUGCUUGAUAGCAUACCUGAAAUAAUAGACUAUGCUGCAUGAGAUAUUAUCAUUACUGUUACAAAGAUAUAGCUUUUCAUCUUCAUUAUAUGUAUGCACAAAAAGUAUCUUAAUAACUCUUGUCUGUAAUGUCAAAAGACUUUUAAGUUACAAAAGAAACAGAUCGAGAAAAUGCAGAUAGAUAGAUGUUAAUGUGCAUGAAGACCAAUAUGGCAAGUGGCAUGGGGUACGCGUAUAUAUGUUUCCAAAUUAUGAUGUGAUGUUAUGAUAGCUAGAAGUUUAUCAAAGCCAUUAAUAGCAUGAAGGAAUCUCACCUUCUUGCAUUCAAGUUA